GCACGACCUGCAUUCACAACCGCACAAGGCAACGCCGCCAGUGAGAGAGAGGAGAGAGCGAUAUCGAUGUCGAGCCGAAGCAAUGCUGCAUCUGUUCCGUUCAUGAUUACGGCCAAGAUGAAGUACGAGCUCAAGACUCUCGGAUACAAGGACGAAGACAUCCACAAGAUGAAGGUCGACGAAGCACAUGAGAUCCUAGACACGGGGUUGCGAAAAGGUGAAGUCAAGAAAAGGAAACCUGUGAACGCGACGAAAACAGCGUCGACGAGGGCGCCGACGGUGGCGGCCCUGCUCGUCACGCUCGCGUUGCUGUAUUUUGUAUUUGCCAGUGCGUCGACGAAAAAGUAGAUUUGUUGGCACAACACUUCCAAUGUAUCGGCGCAUGCCACGUCGUGCGUUCGAUGGAGGAGGCACCGACCGUGCAUGUGCUGCUGCAAGGCUUCGUGCAUGCAUCUUUAACCGCAUUCGAAUCAAUAUGUUGAACGUGAAUGUCAUCAUGUUUUCUUGUGUUGUAGACGUCGACGAGGGCUUGAUUCCGACAUCGUCGGUCGUUGACGUGGGCCAGCCGCAGUCGGUGGGUCGUGGCAAGCCGUCGUAUUGCACAUCAACACCAGCAGCCUCGGCAUAUUCUACGUCCGUUCCUUUGAUGGUGACGGCUGGAAUGAAGCGCGAUCUGCUUCAGCUCGGGUACUCGGAGGCAGACGUGAACAAGAUGCCACCACACAUCGCCCAUCAGAUCCUCGGCGCCAAGCUCCGCAAGCGACACCAGCCGUCGUCCUACACGACUCGCCCGUCGUCGGCCAUUCCGUCGUCCUUUCCACAGCAUCCAACGGACUCGCCGGCCGACGAAAGCGACGACGUCGAAGUUCCGUUCUCGCCACGGACCAUCGCAGGCUGCAUCGCGCUGACCAUCGUGAUCCUCCUGCUCCAGUUCUCCUAACGAUACACCUCCUUCGAAUGGACACAAACGAAUCUCGACAACAGUCG